UGGGACCACAAAGUGUGUGUGAUUUGUCAUGUAGCUGUUAUUUUGGUGAUCCUAGUUGUCAGACGAGUGUCAUUGCUGCUAUGGGUGCAGAAAGUAAUCGUCCGCUCGCCAAAUGUUGAGUGUUUUUGUAAUUGCAAACCGAAACUGAUGGAGUUGUUGCCUGGAUAUGGGAACAUGCUGCCUUGGGCAGUAGCAGUGGUGAUUAUCUGUGUAGCUGUGCAGUGGUGGAGAAAAGUAUCAAAGUAUUCUCAUGGUCAACCCAGUCACACAUUUUCUGGCAGUGAGCCAGAAGUUAUUAUUAUUGGGUCAGGAGUCCUUGGUUCAACUAUGGGUACUGUACUUGCUCGAGAUGGUCGGCGUGUCACAAUAAUUGAAAGAGAUCUUAAAGAGCCAGAUCGAAUAGUUGGCGAGUUAUUGCAGCCUGGGGGUCUACAAGCUUUGAAGAAGCUUGGUCUAGGAGAUUGUGUUGAAGGUUUUGAUGCUCACAAAAUGAAGGGAUAUGUAAUCCAUGACACAGAAACUGGAGCAAAGGUUCACAUCCCCUAUCCGAAAGAUGAGAAUAGUGCUACAUUUACAGGUUGUGCUUUUCACCAUGGAAAAUUUAUUAUGGCUCUCAGAGAAGCUGCAAGAAAGGAGAAAAAUGUCACAUACAUUGAGGGGACAGCCAGCAAAUUGAUCGAAGAUAACGGCAUAGUUGUUGGUGUGCAGUACAGAGACAAGGAUUCAGAUAAGAUAAAGGAAGUGUUUGCUCCUCUCACUAUCGUUGCCGACGGUUGCUUUUCUAAAUUUCGUAAAGAACUUGUUGGUGAGACUGUGAAGAUAACCUCGCACUUUGUUGGUACAUUGAUGAAGGACUGCCCACAAAUUAAGGACAACCAUGCAGAGCUGGUCCUGGCACAGCCCAGUCCUGUUCUCAUUUACCAGAUCUCGUCUGAUCAGACACGUGUUCUUGUCGAUAUAAAGGGAGGAAUGCCAAAAGACCUCAAAGGAUACCUGUUGGAAGAAGUUGCUCCUCAAUUGCCAGAUCAUGUGCAAGAACCAUUUAAGGAUGCUAUUGUUAAUGACCGUGUUCGUACGAUGCCAAACAGUUUCCUGCCAGCAUCUCCCUUGGAACGGCCUGGUGUUCUUAUCCUUGGUGAUGCCAUGAACAUGAGACACCCUCUGACAGGAGGUGGGAUGAGCGUAGUUUUCAAUGACGCCGUCAUUCUGAAGGAUUUGAUGAAGCCUGUUAAAGACUUGUCAGACUAUGGUCAGACAAUGAAGAUGAUGCGACAGUUUCACUGGAGACGAAAAAACAACCAUUCGUUCGUUGUGAACAUUUUGGCGCAAGCUCUGUAUGAACUGUUUGCUGCAAAGGAUGAACAUUUGUAUCGACUGAAAAGGGCCUGUUUUGCUUACUUCCAACUUGGUGGUGAAUGUGUAGAUGGACCAAUUGGUCUUCUGUCAGUAAUGAGGCCUAAACCUCAUGUGUUGAUUGGACAUUUCUUUGCUGUGGCCUUGUAUGCUGUGUUCUUUGUCUUCAAAACUGAGCCUUGGUGGGCAAUCCACAGAGUGGUGUUUUUGUCGUCAAUGAUUUUCCUCCGUGCCUGUGGUGUGAUUUUACCUCUGAUUUGGACAGAAUUUAGGCAGCUUAUUGCAUAAUACGUGAACAAGAACCAUCUUGCUGUACAUCCUUUAUUUUACCAAAUGUGGAAAUGUUGGUUUGAAUUGCAGCACACCAGCCUUUUCUUUUUUCAAAGAUGCUGAUUUAUGAUCUAGGUAUUUUGGGGAAAGGAUUUGCUAAUAGUCUGGGUUUGCCAAAGGUUUUUGUCAUUUAGUUUGCGUCAGAUUCAGAAAGGUCUACAUUUCUGUCUAGAGUUAUUGUCUUCUUUCACUCCUGUAUUUUUCCUGUCAUGUAUGUCUGUGUGUCUGUAGUGUGUGCUUUCUAAAUAUAGGAAAUAUCCUUUAGGAUAUCUUCAAUCUUUCAUUAUCAUAGUAUCAUAAAAACAUUUUGGAAUGGCAAUCAUCAGUUUCUUUCAUAUUUAUUAUUAUUAUUAUUUAAAUUUCCCCUCUUACCACCAUCUGACUUUUAAUUCCUUUGUUCUACCACCUUCUCUUAUGUACUCGGGUAUCAGUUGUUUCUAUAUUUAAUUUUCAUAUAUAAUGUUUUGCCACUGCUUUUUAUAUGUGUGUGUUGUUACUUUUAUAUUUAUUUUUGUAUAAUGAUAAGCUUGGGGCUUUUAAAACAAAUGAAAAAAGACCCU